AUGAAGUCCCUUCCCGCGCGCCUCGCUCGGCCCCUCACGAGACCGUCCUUCCGCAGUUUCAGCACCUCCAGACAGUGCCUCGCCGACCACGUGAGAAUAGUCGAGGUGGGACCCAGAGACGGCCUGCAGAACGAGAAGAGCACCAUCCCUCUUGAGACCAAGCUCGAGCUGAUCCGACGGCUGGCGCAGACGGGCGUCACCCACAUGGAGGCGGGAUCCUUUGUGCCUGCGAAAUGGGUGCCACAGAUGGCAUCGACGGCAGAGAUACUGGAAACGGUAUUGACGCAGCCACCAGCCGCGCCGCACGGGAUAGCAUAUAACUACCUCGUGCCCAAUAUUCGAGGCCUUGAGAAUCUCGUCAAGAUCUUCCAAGCCAAGCGGGCGCAGAAUCCCUCGGGCUAUCCUACGCCGCCUCCCUCGCCGUCUCCUUCGCCCGAACAACAGUCCCCGGCAGCGCGGAAUGUUGAGGUUCACUCCGCGAACUUGACAGAGGUGUCUCUGUUCGCGGCAGCCACGGAAACCUUUUCGCAAAAGAACACAAACUGCAGCAUCGCGGAAAGCUUGGAGCGGUGCAAGCCCAUCAUGGAGCUCGCGAAGCAACACAACAUUCGGGUGCGCGGGUACGUUUCGGUCGCGCUGGGCUGUCCGUACGAAGGGCCGGACGUGGAUCCGCACAAGGUGGCCGAGAUCACCGCGACGCUACUGGAGAUGGGAUGCGAUGAAGUCUCUGUGGCGGACACGACGGGCAUGGGGACGGCGCCGAGGACGCGGAAACUACUCGAGACGUUGAAGGAGGCUGGGAUCCUGAACGAGGAUCUCGCGCUGCAUUUCCACGACACGUACGGCAUGGCGCUCGUGAACACGGUUGUCGGCCUCGAGCACGGCGUGAGGAUCUUUGACAGCUCCGUCGGUGGACUUGGGGGCUGUCCGUACAGUAAGGGCGCGACGGGCAAUGUCGCCACGGAAGAUCUGUUGCAUCUCUUGCACAGCUUGGGGUGUGAGACGGGUGUGGAUUUGCCCAAGAUGGCGGAGAUAGGACAGUGGAUUACAGGACAGCUUGGACGGCAGAAUGACUCGAGGGCUGGGAAGGCUACGCUGUCGAGGAUGAAAGAUGAACAGUAA